GGUCUGCUUAAUAGCAGAAGCUCAUUGCAGAUGAGGCUGUGGGGGCAGUGGCUGGAAAGUGGAAGUGGGAUAGGGUUGAGGAGUGAACCUUGGGUCCACCCCUUCCUGCUUGCUGCCCUUCUGCUCUUCCCAUUUAGUCCUCUCCUUUUCAGGAGAGGAACCUGAACCUGGAAGGAAGUCUCCACGUUUCUGUAGUCAUGGCACUCUUUUCUUCCCUAACCCCAGUCUUUAUAGCCAUUAUAUGUGUUUUGAUUGGGGUAAUACUGAAGAAGACUAAUGGAGAGAAGGAAAAACAUGAGACUAAAAGCAAGCCUGUAUCUCGCCCAUGGGUAGAUGAAGAUUUAAAAGAUGGCACUGACCACCCGGUAGAGGAAGAAGAGGUUGAUGAAGAGUGGCAAGGACUUGAUGAAAAUGUUGCCCAUGUCCCCUUCUUUGCGGAGCGCUACUCUGAGGCUGAAAUGAUUAAAAGGUCACAGGCCUUCUAUGAACUUCUCAACAAGAGGAGGUCUGUCAGGUUUCUCAGUGAUGAGCCGGUCCCCAGGGAGGUUAUCGAUAAUGUCAUCAGAACAGCAGGUACUUCACCCAGUGGAGCGCACACCGAGCCCUGGACCUUUGUGGUGGUGCAGGAUCCAGAUGUAAAACAUAAGAUUCGGGAGAUAGUAGAAGAAGAAGAAGAAAUAAACUACAAAAAAAGGAUGGGAGACAAAUGGGUUAAUGACCUGAAGAGACUAAGAACAAAUUGGAUCAAAGAGUACUUGGACACUGCUCCCUAUCUGAUCCUCAUUUUCAAGCAGGUAUAUGGGAGGCUUCCAAAUGGCAAAAAGAAGACCCACUACUACAAUGAAAUCAGUGUUUCUAUUGCCUGUGGCAUCUUGCUUGCUGCUUUGCAGAACGCAGGCCUCUACACCGUGACCACCACUCCCCUCAACUGCGGCCCUCACCUCCGGGCGCUGCUGCGGCGCCCAGCGAAUGAGAAGCUGCUCUUGCUGCUCCCUGUGGGCUAUCCGAAGAGAGAUGCCACUGUGCCUGUGCUGACCCGAAAGCCCCUGGAAGACAUCAUGGUGGUCGUGUGAGCCCAGUGCCACGAAGAACGAGCACACCCUACUGCCAAAGAGUAAGCAGCAGCCCGCUGACCUGGUUGCUGCUUUUCCUGUGUAUUAUGCCCAGCUUUCAUGCUCAUAUGUUGCUGCUGCUCUGGCUGUUUAGACCUGCUUGUCUUUUAGUGCUAAUAAUCAGGGUGGCUGCUUCUACUAAUAGCAGCAAGCAGUCAAGCACCGUGUACUUGACAGGUGCUGUAUUAUCAGUGAACCUAGCCAGUUCUUCCAGUGGAUACAUACAAUAGCAUUUAAAUGACCUUCAUCACUUGUUUUUUCUUAUUCAUCGUUGGGACAAAUCUUCCCUUGAACUGGAAUGUAUCUUCUCCUUAUGUUUUUGUGAUUACCAUUAUACAGCUAUUUUUACUUCAGAAUUUUAAUGGAGGUUGUAUUUAAAGGUAUAAAGAGGUAUAAUCAACUCGGUUGUCUUGCUGUU